CACUCAUCCACGGAAAGGGACAAUUGGAGUCGACUUGGUAAAAUUCUUCUGAAGUGCUUUUUUCCUCAAAAAAAUUUCAGUCUUUGAAGAGGGAGAGAAAGGCAAAAAAAGAAAAGGAAGAAAGGAAGAGGAGGGUGCUAGUUUUAUACUCUGUGGAGUUGGAACUCACAAGAAGAAGAAGAAUAAGGAUCCUCACUGGCCACCACCACCUCUAGUGCUAAUUCAGCUGAUGUGAUCAUUAACCCGGGAGCCGUGCACGUUUGUGUCUGUGUGAGCGCACUCUGACUGAGGAGCCAGUGAGCCAGGGAAAACUCUGGAGGAUAUCCCUCCCUCUCCUGCGUCCGUAUCCAUCCUGACCUCAGCACAGGCUGCACGCCUACCCUCCGCUCAGCAGAAUGAGAUUCCAGAAGCUUCUCCUCGUUCUCCUGCUCAUCGUACUCUGCCUGCUCCUCGUCCAAGCGCACAGGCCAGACUUCCUGAGCCUGAGACGUAAGUACUACAGACACCUGUGCGGAUCCAGGAGGUGUAUGCACCUACACACCCGCGUGCCGUUCCCCUGAGGUAGCCCACACUCAAGACCCGGGGAACAGCAGAGAAUGCAAAAAGAUAAGGGAGACCGUGGCGGUGAUCUCCAGGGAACGCUUCCAGUUUACAUUCUCCGUUGUACUAUGGAAUUGCGCGGAGAAAUGGGAGAGCGGUAUUUGCUGCCACGAUACUGCAAAGACGCUGCAUGUGUAACCCAAUGCAAGAAAAAAACGGAAAAUGACUUUGACGCACCCCGAUGGAGCUAUCAGGACGGAAGGCUUCCAGCUUUGUACACUUCAAUAUAAUAAUCUAUUUAACAUGCAUGCAAUGCUCUAAACAGAAAUACAGCAGCCGAUGGGCAAUGGACAACAUACACGAAAGUAUAUCUCGAUUUUGUGAUUGCAGUUAUGUAGGCCUAUAACUGAUAUCUGGUAAGAUAAUAGGACCCACCAUAGCCCCAUCAUGCAAAAUACUAAAGACAUUUUUACAACCAGAAGUAACUAUGUGAAAAGUGAUUAUAAAAUAAAUCAGAUUCCUUCACUAUGUCAGAUACUGUAUUUACACAACAUAAACGGUUUUGCAAUGAUACAAUAUUUAGAUUGUCCUUGUGAUUGACAAGGAUGCAAAAUAUAAUACGAAUAAAUACAUGAAAAUGAUAUACAAGUAGGCUAAGGUCAGGCUGUAGUUUCUAAUAUGUAUUUAGCGGUUUAUUUUUCAGACUGAUGCGGUGCAGUCCAUCAUUUAUACAAUUGAUUGUAAAGAGAAAUGCAACGGAGCCUUUUAAGCAGUGUUUAUGAUUAACCGUUUCACCAACUCCCUAUUUAAUGUGUUUAUAUGUAAGUAAUGCACUUCAAAUGUUUUAUUGAUGUCAUUUUAAUAAAUGCAUAUACUCUU